AUGUAUUGUUUCAGUAAUCUUUUAUAUUGCACAUACAGGCGUAGUAAAACACAAAUGCAAAACUAGGCUUUUAUCAAAUCAAUGCAUUUGGGAUGCAGCUACGGUCUAUUACGGCUUCCUUAUCAUCCACAAUUUAAUGGUGAUGGACCUAGCUCAGCAUCAACCUCGUAAACCUUGUUAGUACCGAGAGAGUGCCGGUUGGUAUAAACAAACCAUAAACCGUGCGUGACGUCAUGACCCGUAAUAAGCCGAAGCUCAGUUGUGUCUCAGAGCAGUCGGUGACUCCAGCUAUGUCGAGAUCUGUGACAGUCAUCGUCUCAGUCCUGUUACUGUUUCAGCUGGAACUGUUGUCUCCAGCAGAAUGCAGCAUCUUGAAAAGUCAGAGGUUUCCAAUUCGAAUCUGCAUGUUUUGGUCUUUCCAGUGCAAUGAACAGAACCCGUGCUGUGGCCACUACAGUUGUAUCGACGGGUUCUGCCGAAAGGUGGCGGAAAAGGAUUCUAAAUACAGCAUGAAGACUAAACUGCAGGUUCAGGAAACAUUAAAAUCCGAUUAAUAUGCGAUGUAAUAGUCACUUGAUCUGCUAAGACUGUUAGUCUUUUGAGAUGUGAAAUGCUUCUGGUAAUAAAUAUUUGUUUAAUAAAUAUUUAAAUAUUAA